AUGGGCCAGUUUCCUAUUCAAGGCAGUUUGGCCGAGUGGUCUAAGGCGAUUGACUCGAAAUCAAUUCUCUUCGGAGGCGCAUGUUCGAAUCAUGCAGCUGUCGAUUCUUUUUUUCCUUCAUCCUCCCUCAUCGUCUUGGAGACAUCAUUGGAUUCGAAUCGUCAUGUCGCAGGAGAGGAGUGGUUUCUGUUUCGUUUACAAGAGUGCCCAUAUGUCACCACCAGUUCUCGAAAUGGCCAAAGGCUUUUCAAAACGGACGCCUUG